GCGCGCGCACACACACGCGAGGAGCUGCGCCUCCCACACACACACGCACCAACUCACACACAGUCAGGCGAACAAGAGGAAAGUGGAUGUGUGCAGCAGAUCGGUCCACGGCUGCAAUACCGCAUCGGAGUCCUGAUGCUUUCUCCGAGGCGCUGAAAACACAGAGGAGUGCCUUUUGCGCAAGUUGCUUUAAAUUUAUUAACAUCAAGACGGGAGCCGAGUGCAUUUGAGGAUUUAACAUGCUCUAAGUGUAACUAAACAACUCACCAGGCAGUUUUCUCUCUGUGUGGAAUAAAUACUUUCAAAGAUGGGAACCACUAAACACUUCAGGACUGUGUUGUUUUACAAAACGCUCCUGCAACUUAUACUUUUGGCGGCCGUGGCAAACACCGUCUCGGGUAAGACUCUAAAAUACAAAGUUUUAGAGGAGCAAAGAGUUGGUACGGUGAUCGCCAGACUGAAAGAGGAUGUGGCCAGCGUUUUAUCCAAACUACCGAGCUCCGUGUCCCCGCGGUUCCGCGCGAUGCAGAGGGACAGCACCCCAUUGCUUUCCGUGCGCGAGGAGAACGGCGAGAUCAGCAUCGCAACCAAAAUCGACCGGGAGAAGCUUUGCGAGAAAAACUUAAAUUGCACUAUCGAGUUCGACGUGAUCACUAUUCCGACGGAAUACCUCCAAUUGUUUCACAUUCAAGUGGAAGUUUUGGACAUCAAUGACAAUGCCCCGCAGUUCUCGCGCGCCAUCAUCCCCAUAGAGAUAUCCGAGAGCGCAUCGGUGGGAACGCGCUUUCCUUUGGAUAGCGCGCUGGACCCGGACGUCGGGGAAAACGCGCUGCACACGUAUGCGCUCACGCGGAAUAACUUUUUCAAAAUCGACAUUAGGACGCGGACGGAUGGCGCCAAAUACGCAGACCUCGUGGUGAUGAGAGAACUGGAUAGGGAAACGCAGUCCAGCUACCAACUGCAGCUCACUGCCUCAGACUCUGGCGUGCCGCCGAAAUCUGGUUCAACACUGCUGAAAAUCAGCAUUUCUGACUCCAAUGAUAACAGCCCAGUGUUUGAUGAGCAGGCUUAUGUGAUCAACCUGCUGGAAAAUUCACCACUGGGAACGCUACUGGUGGAUUUGAAUGCCACAGACCCAGAUGAAGGCAAUAAUGGCAAAAUUGUGUACUCUUUCAGCAGUCACGUGCCUCCAAAAAUCUUAGAGACCUUUAAAAUUAACCCAGAUAAUGGCCACAUCACACUGAUUAAGAAAGUUGACUACGAAGCCACUCCCUCGUAUGAAAUCGAUGUCCAGGCUCAGGACAUGGGGCCGAACUCCAUUCCAGGCCACUGUAAGAUAAUCAUCAAAGUGGUUGAUGUAAAUGACAACAAGCCAAAAAUCAACAUCAACCUUAUGACUCAGGGCAAAGAGGAGGUGGCCUACGUUUCAGAGGCAUCCCCUGUCGAUACUUUUAUUGCAUUAGUGCGUGUGGAUGACGACGACUCGGGUAUAAACGGCGAAGUUGUGUGCCGCCUUCAUGGCCACGGCCAUUUUCGCUUGCAGAAGAGCUACGAAAACAACUACAUGAUUCUUACUAAUGUGUCCCUGGACCGUGAGAAACGCUCUGAAUAUAGUUUGACGGUAAUCGCUGAAGACCGUGGCUCACCCAGUCUAUCCACAGUCAAGCACUUUACAGUGCAGGUCCAGGACGAAAAUGACAACCCUCCACGCUUUGAAAAGAGUCGGUAUGAAAUCUUUAAGUCUGAAAACAAUUCACCCGGAGCGUAUCUGACCUCAGUCGUGGCCACUGAUCCAGAUUUGGGCUCGAACGGCCAGGUGACAUACUCCAUUGUGGAAAGCCAGGUUCAAGGCAGCUCCAUUUCAACAUAUGUGACCAUUGACCCAUCCAAUGGGGCUGUGUAUGCACUGCGAAGCUUUGAUAGAGAAGAAGUGGGCCGGCUCUCGUUUACUGUGCAGGCACGAGAUGGUGGAGACCCAACUUCUUUGAGCAGCAAUGCCACGGUUCUGCUCACGGUACUGGAUGAAAAUGACAACCGGCCCAUCAUUCUUUCUCCAUCACUAACUAAUCACACCGCUGAGGUGCCAUUAUGGAGGCACGCUGAGCCAGGUCAUCUGGUAACAAUUGUCAAGGCCACAGAUCACGAUGCAGGGGCAAACAGUGAGCUGACUUGCUCCAUCAUUGCUGGUAACGAUGAUGGACUUUUUGUCAUUGACCCACGGAGAUGUGAGUUACGCACCAAUGGAAGCAUUGAGGCCUCAGGCCGCGAAGGAUUCGAUCUUACCAUCCUGGUGCAAGACAGAGGGGCAUCAACUAGACUCUCUGCCAGGGCCGUUCUCCAUAUUACCCCGCGGGACUUUCCGGAGAGCUACUCACUAAACCCUUCAGACCUAAACAACCAAUCCUCCUUUGAUAUCUCUAUGAUCAUCAUCAUCUCCCUUGGUGCCAUCUGCGGCGUGCUUCUCAUCGUCAUGGUCAUGUUUGCCACCCGGUGCUCCAGAGAACAGAAAGACCCCCGACAUUCUUAUAACUGCAGAGUUGCUGAGUCCACCUACCAAAACCAUCCCAAAAAACCUGCCAGGCAGAUCCACAAGGGGGACAUCACAUUGGUACCCACAGUUAAUGGCACCCUUCCUGUGAGGGCCCAUCCCCGUUCACCCUCAGCCUCACCUGCUCCAGAAAGUCGUCAGAGUCACCACAGCCGCCAAUCACUCAACAGCCUGGUCACCAUCUCCUCCAAUCACGUGCCAGAGAACUUUGCGUUGGAACUCGCCCAUGCCACACCACCUGUCGAGCAAGUCUCACAGCUUCUGUCCAUACUUCAUCAGGGCCAGUACCAACCCAGACCCAGUUUCCGUGGCAACAAAUACACCCGGAGCUACAGGUAUGCUUUGAAUGAGAUGGAUAAGUUCAGCCUGAAGGACAGUGGAAGAGGUGAUAGUGAGGCAGGAGACAGCGAUUGUGAGAUGGGGAGGGAGUCCCCUCUGCUUGGAGAAGGCUUUGGUGAACUUUUUACCCCUGAUGGACAUCACCGACUGCAUCCAGCAAUGAAGCUGUGCACCGAAGAGUGUCGCGUCUUAGGUCACUCGGACCAGUGCUGGAUGCCACAGUUGCCGUCCCCUGCAUCUUCCGAUUACCGUAGCAACCUCUACAUCCCCGGCGAGGACCCUCAGCAGAAAGCCACCCCUGAAGCACCACAGUCCGGUGAGUCUACGCUAAGAAAGAAAAGUUUCUCCACCUUUGGCAAGGAGAACGAGGAGGGAGAGGGGGAGACAGGCGAUGGAGAGGAUCUGUGUGGAACGUCUCUGCUUUCGGAAAUGAACAGCGUCUUCCAGAGGCUCCUCCCCUCUUCGCUCGACUCUUACAACGAGACCAGUGAAACCGAAAAGGCAACACCUUGUGCUGCAGGUGUUGGGUCACUGGAAAGAAGAAAGGGUCACCUGCCUGGCAAGCCAAGCCCUGCCACCUAUCAGCAGGGCGUCGCUGCUUGGGCCGCUAAUACGCACUUCCAAAAUCCUGGACAUGGGCACGCCCCUGCAAGUCACAUGACGGCGAUGGUGGCUCCACUUCCUGCCCCUUUGCCAGCUCCCAUGCCAGCAUCAGCUUCCUCCUCAAAAUGGCUGCCUGCAAUGGAGGAAAUUCCAGAGAAUCAUGAGGAAGAUGAAUUAGAGUCUGUGCUGGGUCAUCUGCAUGGAAAACGCUGUGACAGUCGCAGUGAGAUCAUGGACGCCAGCGAGCUGGUUGCAGAGAUCAACAAACUCCUUCAGGAUGUCAGGCAGAACUAAAACACGUUCUCUCCUUUCUCUCUCUCUCCAAACUUUUUUUUUUAAGUGAGAGAGGAAGAAAAAAUAAGACAUGAAAUGAAAUGAAACAAAAACAGAAAAAAACACAGAGACCUGCAAUUGUCGUUAAAGUUGCAUUUCUGGAUGUAAUGUGUUUCGUGAAUGCUAAUUAUCCAAAUGAUGUUUGUAUUUUCUGGGUUUUGGCCACAGUGUACACAGUGUGAGUGUAUUUAUCUUUGUAUUUUAAAAAUACAAUUUGUAGUCUUUAUAUUUAUAAAAUUUGUAUAUACAUAAGUUAAAAAUGUACAUAAAUAUCAGAUUUCUAUUUUUAUACAUGCAUGUUGGAAAAAUAAUCAAGAUCAACAUGCUUUGCUGUAAAUAUUCUUAUUUAUGAAAAAAGUUUUUCUUCUCCUUCUUUUUCAAUUGCAUUGUUAUAUAUAUAUGAGCAUAAUAUAAGUACAAUAAUAUUAUUGAAUAUGUGUUGGGUGGGGUGGGACAGAAUACUAAGAGCAUGUUUUGGGGUGGGAGUGGUAUUUAUAAUGGUGUAUUCUUUGUGUCAAAUUUGGUUUUACGUU